AAACAGUUUAGUGCUUUACAUUUAAUAAAAAUAUUCCAAAUUUAUUAAAAUGAGUACCAGCAAGCGCAGAUAUUCAUCAUCUGGAAGCGACAGCGCUGAGGAAACUAGAAAAAAGGAUCUUAAGGAACGAGAUGAAUUCGCAACACGACUGAAAAAACGUGAUGAAGAAAGAGUUAAAAAGGUGGCCGAAUCUUCUAGUAAAAGGUCAUAUGAAGAAGCUGCUAAGCGUCUGAAGUUGGAAGCCGAGGACCGGGACAAGUUGCUACCGAAGCUGCGCGUUCAGUCCCGCCGCAAGUAUUUAGAGAAGAGGAAGGAUGAUAAGGUUGUCGAACUAGAGGCUGAUAUAGCGGAUGAUGAGUACCUCUUCGAAGAAAGCACAUUAACAGAAAGAGAAAAGAGGGAAAGGGACCAUAAAAAGACAAUUCUACAAUUGGCUAAAGAACAUGAGAAGGCUAGAGAACUGGAAAAUGUCCAGAGAUACCACAUGCCUCGGGAUCUGGGGAAAGGAGAAAAAGGUGAAUAUGUUGAAGUAGAUGAGAAUGAGAAGCUGCCUCACUCAGAGCAGCGCAAGUGGGAACAGGAGCAGAUCAAGUCGGCAUUCUUCAAGUUUGGUGCCAAAGAUGCCAAAGCUCAAAAUGAAUAUGACCUCUUACUUGAUGAGCAGAUUGACUUCAUACAGGCCCUGCAACUGGAAGGCACUAAAGAGAAAAAAGAAGAGAAGGAAAAAUCUGAAUACCAGAAAAUGCGCAUGACAAUUGAGGAGACUAAAAAAUCACUACCUGUUUACCCAUUCAAAGAGUCAUUGAUAGAAGCCAUAAGAAAUUAUCAAAUCUUGAUUGUGGAAGGAGAAACAGGCUCAGGGAAAACCACACAGAUUCCACAAUAUCUUUAUGAAGCUGGAUUUACAGAUGAUGGAAAAAAAAUUGGAUGUACUCAACCAAGAAGAGUGGCAGCCAUGUCUGUAGCAGCAAGAGUUGCACAGGAAAUGAAUGUUAAACUUGGAAAUGAGGUUGGAUACAGUAUCCGAUUUGAAGACUGCACAUCAGAUAGAACUGUAAUUAAAUACAUGACAGAUGGAACACUUCACAGAGAAUUCUUAUCGGAACCAGAUCUGGCCUCAUACAGUGUAAUGAUUAUUGAUGAAGCCCAUGAGCGUACAUUGCACACAGAUAUAUUGUUCGGACUUGUCAAGGAUAUCACUAGAUUCAGACCUGAUUUAAAGUUACUUAUAUCAAGUGCAACAUUAGAUGCAGAAAAAUUUUCAAAGUUUUUUGAUGAAGCACCUAUUUUCAGAAUACCAGGAAGAAGAUUUCCUGUCGAUAUUUACUAUACAAAGGCUCCUGAGGCUGAUUACAUUGAUGCUUGCGUAGUGUCAGUGUUGCAAAUUCAUGCCACUCAACCUCUCGGUGAUGUUCUGGUGUUUCUUACUGGACAAGAGGAAAUUGAAACUUGUGUGGAAAUGUUACAAGAGAGAACUAAACGACUUGGCAAGAAAAUUAGAGAACUGCUAAUUUUACCAGUCUAUGCUAAUCUACCAAGUGAUAUGCAGGCUAAGAUAUUUGAACAGACACCUGAAGGUGCUCGCAAAGUUGUUUUGGCUACUAACAUUGCUGAGACAUCACUUACAAUUGAUAACAUUAUUUAUGUUAUAGACCCAGGGUUUGCUAAGCAAAACAACUUCAACUCAAAGACUGGUAUGGAGAGUUUGAUAGUGGUGCCAAUUUCUAAGGCAUCUGCUAACCAGAGAGCUGGUAGAGCAGGAAGAGUUGCUCCUGGCAAAUGUUUCAGACUCUACACAGCGUGGGCCUACAAAUACGAGCUUGAAGAUAAUACAGUACCUGAAAUUCAGAGGAUAAACUUAGGCAAUGCUGUCCUAACAUUGAAAGCCCUUGGAAUCAAUGAUCUUAUCCACUUUGAUUUCCUAGAUCCUCCACCACAUGAGACACUGGUAUUGGCAUUGGAACAACUUUACGCUCUAGGAGCACUCAACCAUCAUGGGGAAUUGACUAAAGCUGGAAGGAGAAUGGCAGAAUUUCCUACUGAUCCCAUGCUUGCGAAAAUGUUACUAGCAAGUGAAAAAUACAAAUGUUCAGAAGAGUUAGUUACAAUAGCUGCCAUGUUAUCAGUCAAUAGUUCGGUGUUCUAUAGGCCUAAAGACAAGAUUAUUCAUGCAGAUACUGCCAGAAAGAACUUCUUCCAUCCCUCUGGGGAUCACCUAACACUGAUGAAUGUAUACAACCAGUGGGUUGAGUCAGACUUCUCAGUGCAAUGGUGUUAUGAGAAUUUUAUCCAAUACCGGUCCAUGAAGAGAGCCCGCGAUGUAAGGGAGCAGUUGGCAGGACUAAUGGAACGAGUUGAGAUUGAAAUGGUCUCCAGCAUUUCUGAAGACUCCAAUAUUCGAAAAGCAAUCACUGCUGGCUAUUUUUACCAUAUAGCAAAAUUUUCUAAAGGCGGACAUUAUAAAACAGUAAAACACAAUCAAACAGUUAUGAUUCAUCCGAACAGUGCAUUAUUUGAAGAGCUUCCCCGCUGGGUCAUCUAUCAUGAGCUUGUGUUCACAUCUAAAGAGUUCAUGAGGCAAGUUACAGAAAUAGAAAGCAAGUGGUUAUUGGAGGUUGCACCCCACUAUUACAAAUCAAAAGAAUUAGAAGAUUCUACUAACAAAAAAAUGCCUAAAACUGUUGGAAAAUCUGCUAAUAGCCAAUAA